AGCGGCGGCCAGGCACGGCACAAGGCGACGCCACAGGACAGCGGCGGCAGCGGGGGCAGCGGCGGUAGCAGGAGACGCAGAGGCGGCCGCAGCAGCAGCACCAAGACGGACUCGUGGACACGCGCCGCCGCCGCCGCCGGGCCGGGCCGGGUGUCGCGCGCCGAGGCUGGGGGGGAGUCGUCGCCGCCACCACUACCGCCGCCGCCGCCGCCGCCGAGGUGACUGAGGAGAGAGGCUCCUCCUCGCUCCCGCCGCCGCCGGACUUCAAUGCCCAGUCCCCAGCUUGCCAGCGUUUUUCGUUGGAAUAUACGCUGCACAUUUAUGGCGAUUCUGAGCGUGAGGGCAGAGUUCUGCCAGGCUCAGCACAGCAUUUUCGCUGACAAGUGAGCUUGGAGGUUCUAUGUGCCAUAAUUAACAUUGCCUUUGAAGACUCUGGACACCGAGACUGGCCUCAGAAAUAGUUGGCUUUUUUUUUUUUUUUAAUUGCAAGCAUAUUUCUUUUAAUGACUCCAGUAAAAUUAAACGUCAAGUAAACAAAAGUGGAAAGCGAUCUGCACUUUUAACUUGACUCACUAGUGCCUAAAUGUAGUAAAGGCUGCUUACGUUUUGUAUGUAGUUGGAUCUUUUUGGAGUCUGAAGGUAUCCAUCUACAGUCAUUGAGGCCUGAGUUGAAUUUGGAUUCGAGUGGAUUCUAAAUCUUUCUACGUAUCUUGAAGAGAGAAGCUUCUUAAGGAAUAAACAAGUUGAAUAGAGAAAACACUGAUUGAUAAUAGGCAUUUUAGUGGUCUUUUUAAUGUUUUCUGCUGUGAAACAUUUCAAGAUUUAUUGAUUUUCCCUGCCCCUCUGCCCCCUUUUCCCCUCACGCUCACACAAGCACGCACACACUUUUUAUUUGCCAUAAUGAACCGCCCAGCACCUGUGGAGAUCUCCUAUGAGAACAUGCGUUUUCUGAUAACUCACAACCCUACCAAUGCUACCCUCAACAAGUUCACAGAGGAACUUAAGAAGUAUGGAGUAACAACUUUGGUUCGAGUUUGUGAUGCUACAUAUGAUAAAGCUCCAGUUGAAAAAGAAGGAAUCCAUGUUCUUGAUUGGCCAUUUGAUGAUGGAGCUCCACCUCCUAAUCAGAUAGUAGAUGAUUGGCUAAACCUAUUAAAAACUAAAUUUCGUGAAGAGCCAGGUUGCUGUGUGGCUGUGCAUUGUGUUGCAGGAUUGGGAAGAGCACCUGUGCUGGUUGCACUUGCUUUGAUCGAAUGUGGAAUGAAGUAUGAAGAUGCAGUUCAGUUUAUAAGACAAAAAAGAAGGGGAGCAUUCAAUUCCAAACAGCUGCUUUACCUGGAGAAAUACCGACCUAAGAUGCGAUUACGCUUUAGAGAUACCAAUGGGCAUUGCUGUGUUCAGUAGAAAGUAAUGUAAACGAAGGCUGACUCGAUUGUGACGUUUAGAGGGAACUCUUGGUACCUGGAAAUGUGAAUCUGGAACCGUAACUGUGUCAUCAGAGUAGUGAUGGAUUCGGUACUCCUCAACCACUCUCCUCAUGAUUGGAAAAAAGCAAACAAAAAAGAAAUCCCUCUAUAACAUGAAUAAAAUGUUUAAGAAAAGGAGACAAAAAGGGGUUAAUUCAGUGAAGGAUGAUUUUGCUCCCAGUGUUGGAAUUUGAAUUUCUGCCAGGAUUGAAUUAUUUCAAAAUCUCCUGUCUUUUUUAACUUUUUCAAAAUAGGUCUCUAUGGAAAACCUGCAGAACAUUAGCCUGUGCAGAACCAUCUGUUUGGGGAGCACACUCUUCCAUUAUGCUUGGCAUAUAGAUCUCCCUGUGGUGGAAUUCCUUUUCUUUUCUUCUUUUUUCUUUUCUUUUCUUUUUUCUUUUCUUUUCUUUCUUUUCUUUUUUCUUUUCUUUCUUUUCUUUUCUCCUUUCUUUUGUUUUCUUUUCUCCUUUCUUUUGUUUAUUUUUGAUGGGAGGUGAGAAGGGUAUAUUUUCUCUCUCUUCUCUCCUUUCCCCCACUCCAUGAUACAAGUUGUAGAAGGAAUAGGAGAAGCUCUUGUUGCUGUAGAUGUGUGUGCAGUCUGGCAGCCUUAAGCCCACCUGGGCACUUUUAGGAAUUAAAAAAAGCAGUGGCAUAUAUAUUAUAUGCCCCAGGUGGUUUUUAGUCUUUACUUAUGAUGGGGUGUUUGUGUUAGUUUCUUUUCCUGAAAAUCCUAUCCAAUGCUAGGCAAAAGUAGCCAAGAGCCUUUUUGUUUUGAUUUUUGUUUUGGUAAAUUAGUGGGGAAAUGGGAUUUAAGAGGAGUCCCUCUUUUCAGAGAACUUAGCUGAGAGAGUUAUUCUUUCCUUUUCCAAGCAAUGAAGCUAAGUAGGUAUCCUAGAAACUUGUUUUCUGAAGGGGAAGACCCCAGGCCAUCACUCAAGUUGUCCAGGCAGAGAGUUAUCAUCAUACUUUCUACACUUGUAGAAUUGUGGGCUGUAGCAUUACUCUGAUUUUCUGUCUAAUGAAGUCAGAGAAUUCUGGUAGUUUAACAUUUUGUUUUAGGACUGAUUUCUGCUCUGAAUUUUCAGGAGUGGUCAAAGGAGUAGCAGCAAAGACAAAAUUAUUUUGGACUUGAGAAAUGCCUGUGAUAGGUAUUUUCCAAAUUGCCCCCUAUAUGUACAGCUCGUUUAACCACUGAUUGCCUUGUUAUUUUCAUACUAGGUUCUUUUUUGAGAUUUAAAAAAAAAAUCGCUGGUUUAAAACCAACAAUGCCUAGUGAGUAUGUGUCCACAGGCCAUAACAGGGUAGAAGAGAAACACAGGGCCACACAACGAGUAGCAAAGGGACUGUGUUGCUUGUGAGGUGGUGUAGUAGUAUUUUUGCAGAUUCUUUGCUGGGUUCAAUGUGCUUAUCUAGACAAGCUGUUUUUCUUUAUGGGAGGCAGUUGUGACUGGGUUGCUUUGACAAAGCAAGUUGAAGGGCACCACCAGGGGCUCUUGCACUCUUUUCACCUAAAUAUUACAUAUUUAAUAAUGAUCUGCUUCUGAAGAAGGCCCUGAAUACAGGCUUAGGGUCAUCUUGUCCUGCUGGAAUUUACUGUGCAGAGCCAUAAACCUCCCAUUUUGUUAGGAUCAGCUAGGCCAGUAAGAAUGAACUGGGACCUUGUCUCAUGCUGAUGAUACCUCAGAUGUUGGCCAGCUAUGUGAACUGCCUAUUUCCUAUUGCUGGAGUUGUUUUGAGUUUUAGCUAUGUGCAAAUCUGUAGAUUCUCUCCUUCCCCACCCCUAAAAAAAAAACAAAACAAAAUAAUGCUUUCUGAAAUUGCUUCUAGGAUUUUAAAGUGAAAGAUGAUGGUACUAUCCACAAUUCUUUAUUUCA